CCGCAUCUCUGGGUCUUCAAAAGACGGCACCACCUUCACACUCCAUUGGUGUUCUCCUCCUCUUCCCCCCCUUCGUUGCCUGAGAGAGCGAGAGAGCGAGAGAGCGAGAGAGAUGGCUCGGUUCUUCACGCUGAACACUGGGGCAAAGAUCCCUUCCAUAGGGCUCGGCACCUGGCAGGCAGAGCCUGGAGUUGUGGGCGAGGCCGUCGUUGCCGCUGUCAAGGCUGGUUAUAGGCAUAUCGAUUGUGCUAGGGCGUACAACAAUGAAAAGGAGAUUGGCUUGGCUUUGAAGAAGCUCUUUGAAGAUGGGGUAGUGAAGCGUGAGGAUUUAUUUAUCACUUCAAAACUAUGGAGUGGCUAUCAUGCACCAGAAGAUGUGCCAGAGGCUAUAAACUUAACUCUGACUGAAUUGCAGCUUGAUUAUGUGGAUCUUUACCUUAUCCACUGGCCACUCCGGGUUAAGAAGGGUAGUAGCAUUAGCCCUGAGAAUUUCAUUCAACUUGAUAUACCUGGUACAUGGAGCGCUAUGGAAAAGCUGUAUGAUGCUGGAAAAGCUCGAGCAAUUGGUGUUAGCAAUUUUUCUUCUAAGAAAUUGGAGGAUUUGUUAGCUGUUGCUCGCAUUUCUCCAGCUGUCAACCAGGUUGAGUGCCACCCUGGUUGGCAACAGGACAAACUUCGUUCAUUCUGUCAAUCAACGGGUGUUCACCUAUCUGGGUAUUCUCCGUUAGGUUCACCUGGUACUCCAUGGAUCAAGGGCAGCAAUGUCCUUGCCAACCCAGUAGUGAAAAUGAUUGCAGAGAAAUUAGGCAAAACUCCUGCACAAGUUGUUCUACGCUGGGGCAUUCAGAAGGGUCAUAGUGUACUGCCUAAAAGUACUAGUGAGGCCAGGAUAAAAGAAAACUUGGACAUUUUUGAUUGGUCAAUUCCGGAGGACCUGUUUUCAAAGUUUUCUGAAAUUGAACAGGCAAGGCUUAUAAGGGGCAAUUUUGCUGUUCAUCCUCAAAGCAUUUACAAAAGUGUGGAGGAUCUCUGGGAUGGGGAGAUCUGAGCUGCUGUAUUUUAUUUUAUUUUAUUUUUUUUUGAAUUGAUAAAAACUGGUGGAUAAUUUUUACUUAGCCUGAAGUGGAAGAGAACGGCUACAUGAAGCGUCAUUGAAUUAUAAUUUUAUAUGGUUAAUGCCGUUAUAACUCUUUUAAGGUCUUUGGUUUCUAUGAACCAGACAAUAUUUGAAGCUUUCACCGUAUU